CAGCUAGCCUGGCAGGGACAGAGACGAAGCCUGACAAUACCAGACAGUCAGGGGAAACUACCACCCGAACAACAGACAGAUACAUUAAGGACUUCAUCUAAACCACAAAUGGGACUGUAAAUAUUUGUUCCGGUCCAGACUGAUCAGAACUCUGAAUCAGAAUGAAGCUAAUUGAACACAUUCCACUGCUACAGAUCCUGCUCCUUUCACAGAUUGGGGCGAGCGUCAGACUGCAGAGAGCUCCUCGCAUCACGACCCUGCUGGAGACCUUGGACAUCCUGUUGGAUCACAACGCCACGUUCAUCUGUGAAGUCGACUCCCGACCGCCAGCUGAUAUCACGUGGACGCGGAAUAACCACCCAAUCCCAUACUAUGACUCCCGCUACACUACCAGGGAGAAUGGCCAGAUGCUGUUGAUCCCGAACGUCAGAGAUUCUGAUAAUGGGGAGUACUGCUGUGUUGCUAACAAUGGCAUCGGAGAGCCGGCCAAGAGCUGCGGAGCCUUGCAGCUUAAAAUGAAGCCUCAGAUAAAAAGACACCCCACCAACAUGACGUUCCUGAUUGAAUCCAAGGCCGUGUUGCCCUGUGUGACGCUAGGAAACCCAAAACCAGACAUCUCAUGGAUCAAAGACGAUGCUCUUAUAACGGUGAGUGAUCGGAUCACGAUUCUGGAUUACGGCGCUCUGAAGAUCCAUAACAUCAAGAAGGAAGACGCGGGGCAGUACCGCUGUGUGGCCAAGAACAGCUUCGGGAUCGCCUUCUCCAAACCAGUCACCAUAGAAGUACAGGCCCCAGCCCGUAUCCUCAGGGUCCCUAAGGAUAAGAGAGUGACCUUCGGGAGUGAGGUCUCUCUGGAGUGCAACGCCACAGGGAACCCUAUCCCCACCAUCACAUGGCUGGAGGACGGAAAUACCGUUUCGGGUGGCUCUGUGGAGGAGACGUUAGUAGGGGAAGUGAUUCUGUCUGUACUACACGUCACGGUGACUAAACCUGCUCGCUACACCUGUCUGGCCUCCAACAGACACAGCGCUGGGGCCAAAUCUGCUAAAUCUUCAGCCGGAGUCACUGUCCAAGAGUGGAGGCUGUAUAAAGGCAGUGCGGGUUAUUGCAGUGCAUACCGUGGUGACGUGUGUCGAGGCGUGUUACGGAGCGAUGCGCUGGUCUUCUUUAACUCCUCCCUCAACGACCCCGAGGACACUCAGGAGUUCCUGGCUCAGAGGGCCUGGGCGGAGCUCGACGGACUGGGCAUGCUCUGUAGCCCUGCUGCCCACUCCCUGCUCUGUCAUCUCUCCUUCCAGGACUGCAACCCUUCUGACCUGGGACCUGCUCCUAAACCAGUCUGCAGGGAGCACUGUCUGGCGGUGAAGGAGCUCUACUGUCAUAGGGAGUGGCUCCUGAUGGUAGGGAACUCCCAUGAAGCCCUGCACUCCACUGGCUCCUCCGGCCUCUCUAUCCCCAUGCCCGACUGCAUGACCCUGCCCUCACUGCACACACAGCCAGGAGCCUGCACACCCCUACCCUUCGUCGAUAUAAAGAAAGAUCAAGUCACAACAACGUGUUACAAUGACAAAGGAAGGUUCUACCAAGGACCAGUCAACAUCACCAGCUCUGGUAUCCCCUGUCAGAGAUGGAGCCAACAGGGUCCCCACCUGCACCAUCUCAGUGUGGAUGUGAUCUCAGAGCUGAGGAAUGCACAGAGCUCGUGCCGAAACCCCGGAGGAGAGAGUGAGAAGCCCUGGUGUUACACAACCAACCCCAACAUCCGCUGGGAGUACUGCAACGUUCCCAAAUGUGGAGAAGUAGUAGUGAAGACGGAGUCAACGUUCCCUCGCCAGACUCCUCCCCUCCUCCCUCCCUCCGUCUCUCCAGCCUACUCUACGAUCAUCAUCUGUCUGCUAGCAGCCUUCGCAGCCAUAGCCUUCCUCACCAUCAUCAUCAUGUGCAAGAGGAGGAGGAAGAUGUGGAAGAACCACAAGACGUACGCUGGAGCCAUGGAGACCCCCACCCUGACUGCCUUACCCUCUGAGAGUCUGCUGCUGGACCGCCUCCACCCCAACCCCAUGUACCAGCGCCUGCCCUUACUGCUUAACUCCAAGCUGCUGGCUCUGGAGUAUCCCAGGAACAACAUUGAGUACGUCAGGGACAUCGGAGAGGGGGCCUUUGGACGAGUCUUCCAGGCCAGAGCCCCAGGUCUCCAGCCCAUGAAGCCCUUCACCAUGGUAGCAGUGAAGAUGCUGAAGGAAGAAGCAUCUGCCGACAUGCAGAACGACUUCCAGAGAGAAGCCGCUCUCAUGGCUGAGUUUGACCACCCCAACAUAGUCAGGCUGCUAGGUGUGUGUGCGGUGGGGAAGCCCAUGUGUCUGAUGUUUGAGUACAUGUCUUACGGAGACCUGAACGAGUACCUGCGUCGCCGUAGCCCCACCCAGCAGCGCAGCCUGAGCCAGGCCAGCCAAUCAGGACGCAGCUUCUCCUCCGAACUGGAGUUGGGGCCACUGUGCUGCGAAGAACAGCUGUUCAUAUCCAAGCAGGUGGCGGCGGGCAUGGCGUACCUGUCAGAACGCAAGUUCGUCCACCGCGACCUGGCCACCCGGAACUGCCUCGUAGGAGAGGAGAUGGUGGUGAAGAUCGCCGACUUCGGUUUAUCCAGAAACAUCUACUCUGCUGACUACUACAAGGCCAAUGAGAACGAUGCUAUCCCCAUACGCUGGAUGCCCCCAGAGUCCAUCUUCUACAACCGCUACACGACGGAGUCGGACGUGUGGGCGUACGGGGUCGUUCUCUGGGAGAUCUUCUCCCACGGCAUGCAGCCGUACUACGGCAUGGCCCAUGAGGAGGUCAUCUACUACGUUAGAGACGGCCACAUCUUGGCCUGCCCUGAGAACUGUCCUGUAGAGCUGUUCAAUCUGAUGAGACUGUGUUGGAGCGGUCACCCAACAGACAGACCCAGCUUCAGUAGUAUCCACCGUAUCCUGGAACGCAUUCACGAGCAGACGCUGACACCGGCCACAUAGAACAACAGACAGAGCUGCAGCAGAACAGAGAAGGUGUUAAUCCACAUGGAACAAGAGACAGAGCUGCAGCAGAACAGAGAAGGUGUUAAUCCACAUGGAACAAGAGACAGAGCUGCAGCAGAACUGAGAAGGUGUUAAUCCACAUGGAACAGAGACAGAGCUGCAGCAGAACAGAGAAGGUGUUAAUCCACAUGGAACUCAAUGCCAAUACUCUAUAUAAACUUGAAUGUUUCUAUUGUAAAGCCAGCCAGGGGAAUAUUCAUUCAUCUGCAACGUCUGUGAGCUCAAAGCUGACUAGAAGUGUCUUUUUAGAGGCAGAUUACAGAGGUUAGAGAGAGUGAAUCUACAGUUAGUACAGUCAACUCAUUCAGUAUUUAGCUACUACAUCAUUUAAACAUACACUGCCAAUAUGUCAUCAAAUACGCUCAGCAUAUUCCAGCAGACACAUAUUCACUGUAAAGUUUUUGGUUGUUUUUAGACAAACUGCUAUUCCACUUUUGGGCAUUCUCAUUAUGCUGGACUAUUGGUCCUUUUUUAAAUCUUGUAUACUUUAUCAACGUAGCAUGUUUAGAUACAAUGAUUCUUAUAGACUUGAGCACAGCUUUCUUUGGGAGAGUGUUGACUGGGUAGUGGUUAUUCUAGAUUAAUGACGGUCAGCUUGAAAUGCAUUUCAACAAAUCUCUUCUAAUAAGCUCGUUUGAAUCCUAAUGUCAAUUUCUGGAGAUUUGUUGGGUGUUGUGUUGGUUGUGGUUGUUGAGUUGGAUAUUGGUUUGUGAGAAGUGUCAAUUUCGUUAUUAUUUAAAGUCAAAUUAAACUUGUGUGAUCAUCAGCACAACAUUGAUUUAUAUGAUCAAUUAAGUAAAAUGUUUUAAACACCU